AUGCUCGCCAUCCCGGAGAACACUGUAAUGACUACAGGUCCAAACGGAGAGCAGAAGCCUCGAAAGAUGCGAGCUUCCUGCGAUGCAUGCUCUCGCGCAAAGGUCAAAUGCGAUAAAGUGAGACCUACCUGCCACCGCUGUGGUAACAUGGGCAUUUGCUGCAACUACUCUCCUUCCAUGAGACUGGGUAAGCCCCGCAAGAACAGAAACCCAGAUGGCACCAUCAUGCGCGAUGUAUCGCCUGCCAGCUCCUGUGGACCUCUUGGACCAAGAUCCGAUUUCAUCCCACGAACUACCUCAUACACUGCUGAGAGCUCCCCGGAACCAACAGACUCAUUCUUCCUUAGUCCAGCGACUCCAGAAUACCAUUAUCAGGAUGCUUUUAUGGCGAAUGGCUUUGACGGUAGCCAGUCUCCAGCGUACUCGGAUGCGGGUUCUCUUGUCAGCGGCUGGUCAAAUGAUGAUCAGCUAAUGUUCGGCAGCCCGGCGGACAUGUUCGCUCCACUGCCACAUUUUACUCCAUCUCACUCUCCAUAUGCUGGACACGCGCGGUCUGCCAGCGUACAAAGCCAACCGGAUAUUUUUGCGCCUUUGGACGCAUUGAGCCCCCCACCGAUUGCGAGCCCCCAGUUCUUCGGUCUGUCAGAUCCAAUGUUUGUACACGACAAGAUGAUGGCCUCACCUGCUCCGAUGGUUCCUGCGCCUCUGCCAACUCCGCCUGCUUCUGCUACCUUUCAGAACCAUGACUGCACUCAGUUUGCCUUCCAGACACUGAACAGCUUGUAUGCACCGCCCUCAACUCAGCCAUCAGCAGGCGACUUCAAUGGCGCCUCAAAUGGUCUACCAACUCUCGAGGCUGUCCUCUCUACAAAUAAGGGCGCUGUUGACAAGCUUUAUGUUCUACUUGGAUGCCCUUGCUCAACAAACCCCCAUUUUUCUACCACUAUCGCGUUCACAAUCACUAAAAUCCUUUCGUGGUAUCAGGCGAUUGCUGGAGUCCACCAACAGGGCACAGAUUGUCCCGUCAAUACACAGAUGGAGGCCUUCACCCACACUCCCACAUCCCUAGGUGAUUUCAGGCUCGGGGCGGAAGAUGAGGAUACCUUCCGAACUCAGCUCGUCCUCGUAGAACUGCGCAAAGUCGAGAAGCUCAUUGAUAAGUUCUCUGAGCGCUACUGCAAAACUGCCAAUCCUGCUGAAACAGGCAUCGACGGCGGAGUCUACAACGCAUUGGAGGCUUUGCUCCGCACUCGCGUUCGUGACACCUUCAAGGUUACCAUGCGUACUGCCCCCGCGGAUGUCAAGCGCCAAGUAUCGCGGACCCAGAAUCGCGCCCGCGUCAACACUUUGUGA